AUGGCCAACGACUCCCAAAACAUCACAUGGAGCUCCAUCAUUAUUAUUGUCAUCAUUGCCGUUUUGGUCCUUGCUUUGCUCCUUGCGUGCAUGUGGUUUAAUGUUUACUGGAGGUGCUGCUUAUUAUCGCGAUCAUCGGUCGUCCACAUUCGCGUGGAGAACCAAAACAUCGCCCAAGGCAAUUUUUUGUACCCGCCGCACCGCACGCAGCCGGAGGAGGGACAGCAGCAGGAAACGCUGCAUGGCCACGCGCUGGAGAACCGCGUCCGUACCCGCCAGCAUCGGUUUCCCCGCACGUACCAUCUGCCGGACGGACGCACCGUCCUGCACGUUGACGACUUUCGUAGGAUCCCUGAGGCCGCACCGCCGCCGGCGACGGAAGAAGGACUGCAGCGGCAACGAGAGGAGGCUGAGCGAGUUCCCUCGCCGGUUUUUUACGGCCGUAGCUCGUAUCUUCUUCGCUCCAUGUCAUCAAUUUUUAGUAGUUUUUGCUUUCAGGCAACUCCUGAGACUCCUGCUGCCACAUCAAUGGGCCCCAAGCCGCUUUCUGCGCGGAAUAAGAAGGAUACUCAAGGGGCCAAUGAUGAUAAUAAUAGCCCCAGCGUCCGGAGGAAAGCAAAUGAGCCCAUUGACAUACCGUCUCAUGGUGUUGACGAUCUGAAACGUGAUAAAUCUCCUUAA